AGCGCCUCCUUUUGAAAACUUCCCUACUCGCUCUCUCAACCCCGUGUCCUCUCCCUCAACUCUGCUCUUCUCUCUCUCCUCUCUCUCGAACGAGAAUCACUUUCGAAGUCUCGUCAACUUCAACAUUCUUCAUCUUUUUCAACUAGGGUUUCGUAGCUUCUGACUAGCUAUAAAAAGGUCCAGUCCAUGGCUGAAACACUCUCGAACAUGGAAGAAGAAACCCUAACUGUUUUUGAUGGAGACAAAGCACCUUUAUCCCCAGAAGAUAUCCCAAAUGUAGAAAGAGGCGAGAGCAAUUAUGAAGAAGCAGAAGAAGCCAUGGAAGCUCCAGUUAGCCUGCACUGUGUGAUGAAACUGAAAGAACUAUUGAGGAAUAUUUGUUCAGUGGACUCCAGAAGUGUUCGUAGUUCUUCAAAAGAGUUCAUUCGGUUGCUUCGAGGUGAUUCAGGAGGUCAAUUAUUACAUAAAUAUGUUCGUGCUUCUCCUCUUUGUACAGAGCUCUCAGAAGCAUGGAAAUUGCGCUCUGAGAAAAAGACUGGCCUUUCUUAUGUUCUCUCUCUGAUUUCUGUUAUUUUUGAACUGCCUCAUGGUAAAAGGGUUCUUUAUUUUGGUGAAUUUGAUGCUGAAGCCAAGGCUAAGCACUCUGUGAGCAAGAGGCUCGACACGUUUGCUCGAUUAUUGCUUGAAACUAGGAUGGAAGAUGUGUAUUCAGAGAUUAAUAGUAAAGAAAUCAAGCGACAGAAUGCUGCGCUAUUGCUCAUGGCUUCGAUUGUGAGGCGCGGUAUUGGGUUGGCAUCAGAAGUUGCAAAAAGAUUUGAUUUUUCUAUGAAGAUCUUUCCCAAACUUGCUGAAAAUAGGCCAAGGAAAGACAGAGAGAAGAAUCGCAAAGUUGGUUCGACCAGGGCUGCUUUCAUUCAAUUUGCCAUGUCAUUUUUGGAAGUGGGUAGCCCCAAAUUAUUGAGAUGGAUUCUUCAGAAGAAGGACAUGUAUUCUGGGGUAUUAAGGGGUUUGGCAUGUGAUAGUGAGAGAACCAUUGUUAAUGUUCUUAGUGUUUUGCAAGCCAGGGUUCUUUGCAAGGAUUCUUUGGUGCCACCUGGUCUUCAGAGUGUUUUGUUUGGUGAUGUUACUCUUGGGCAGAUGAGCCUUAUAUCUGGAAAUUUGGAUGCAAAAAGUGCAGCUGAGAUGGCCCAUGAGACCCUUUUGAUGGUUUGCACUGAUCCCUCGCAUGGGUUGAUGCCUGACCUUUCAGAGAAGUGGGGGACUAUGGGUUUGUCUGAAAAUUCAAAGUUGAAGGGUAAUCCUGCAAGACUUCUGAGGCUUAUGCUUAAGCUGAGGCCUACUGAGGUUGGAUAUCAUAGGGACCUUCUCUUGGCUAUUGUACAGGGCAGGCCCUUGUUGGGUUCAUCUUACAUGGAUUCAUUUCCAUAUAAUCUUGAGCCUCGUGAAUCUCCCACCUGGUUUUCGGCUGUUUCACUUGCAUCUGACUUGAUUUUUGCUGCCAAAUCAAUCCUGCCAUUUGCUUCCCUUGCUAAAAGAGGCUUCAAUCCACCUUCUAUGGAGAGUACCGAAAUAAAAAGUGUUCUAAAGUGCAUAGUGCCUCGUUCAUUUACUCGAGUGGUUAUCAAUAGGGGCUUACUCCACUCAGACAUCUAUAUAAAGCAUGCUUCCUUACGACUUCUCUUGGAGGCAUUAAAGUCAUUAAACAACUUAGUUGAUGCAAUAAGUGAUGCAUUGGAGUGCAUGAGUGUGGAGCCUCCUGAAGCUCAUGCUGGUUCAAUAGACUUGCGUCAAUUAAUGCCUGGGAAUAAAUUAGGUAGUAUAGAAGGUUUGUCCGGAAUUGAUGCAUUGUCCAAUACAAGUAAGUGUCUUCACACUGAUUUAGUUGUCAAUGGUUGCACCCAAAAGUCAAUUAAGCAUAAAUGGCUGUCAUUAAAGCAAGAAGUUCAGAUUGAAUUAAGAUCCGUGCUGCCUGAUCCUCAGGUUCUGUUAAAACUUCUUUCCAUCCCAAAAUGCUACACUGUGAAAAAUGACGAGACAUGGCGAAAGAGAGAAAGAUAUUCUGAUUCAUGUGGAAAUCGUACUAAGAGGCCGAAACAAGAUGCCAUUGAUGAAGAUAUUGAUAUAUGUGUAAACAGGCUUAAUGGGGACUGGGCGGCUUCUAAUUUUGGAGAUGGUGAAACUGUGAAUGUGGAAUCAGUUGCAGAAGAGUUGGUUAGUGAAGAGGAUCCUUUAAAACCAAUGGCUGAAGUUUGGGGGUUAUCUGAUUCCUCAGGGAUAUGCGAAGAAUUGAAGGAUACAAAUGUGUACUUCCAGUCAAAGCUAUUGGAUGCAUUAACUCUUUACUUGAGGGUGAUGCCUACGUCAUUGACAGAUGGAUCGUUUGAUUUCUUUAAGCUUCUUCCCAGUAAUCCUUGGAACUUACCUAUCUGCGAACAACGAUCGCUUGUGUCUCUGUUAUUAGAGGCUAUUGCAUGGUCUUCUGGAAGCAGGGUUCCCGCAGCAGCCCCAAUGCUGAUGUAUAAACAUUUGCAACCAUUAAUUAAAUGGAUGCUUUAUUCACCAGUCAAUGAUAUUUCAAGUCAAGCUCAUGUCCUUGUACAGGCAGCUAUCUUAAGCACUGGUGCUUUUGGCAACAAUUUCUUAGAAAUUGAGGCUUGGUUGUUAUUUCUUCCUGGUUACAAAAAGGACAAUGUUUCUAUGGGCAUUUCUAAUGAAGCAUUCUGCAAGUUCACUGCACCAAUUAUAUCUUUUUUUUGUGAUACGAUUUCAACAAUGGGAAAUAAUGUGUACAAGCACCUGAAUCAAUUGCGUUGCCUACUAUCAAAAUUUGACUCUGCGAAAGAUGUUUCUCCUGAUUUCAGCCCCCUCGUCAUCUGUAUCCUACAGAAAUGCCUGCGAGUGCUUGAAUCUGGCUCAAAAACUUUGAAGGUUACAGGGAGAACCAUGAUUUCAAUGUACGUGGGUAACUCGUUAUGUUUUUUGCUGCAGACUCAGGUGCAACCGGCAUCAUUAGCUGCUAUUAUCACAAGCCUUUUGGCUUCAAAAGUUGUAGGUUCUUGCCAACCAAAUGUUGAUUCUGGCAACUUUCACUGUGAAUGGAGGCCUAUGGAGAAUCUGCUACUCUUUUCCAAAAGAGUUUUAGAUGAAGAAGCUAGUUGUCACCUUCUUUCAACACCUUUGAGUGGUGACAAUCAGUCAUUCUUGAAAGCACUCGGUCAAGCAAAGAAGAUUAUCAGAAACGGGCAUGAUGGUUGGUUAUCUGGUGUGGCGUUAGCUUUGACUUCAGCCAUUCUUUGUGCAGCACCUGUUGAUAUGUUGGCGGAUUUCCCUUCACUCAUUAUUAUAGCUGAACAUAUUUAUGGAGUUGAUACCUCAGUAUUAUCAUCCAUAUUAUGUCAGGAAAGAGUACUCUUGUCUCAGGUUGCUCAUCUUUGGCCUGACUUGUUUAUGUCCAGUCUGGAUGUGGUUUCAUGUGCUUGCAAAGAAGCUGCACCUGUUUCCGGAUACAAUGCUUCUCAUAGCCCUGUCUCUGGUCUCCCUGGUUUGGGCAUUGAUUUUGAUUCUAAAGAGUUAGCAAUUGCUACAUUUGGUAUAUUUUUGCAGCAUAUUCCCUUUAAUGUGUUGUUUUCUGCAAUCACAAGCUUCAAUGAUACUGACUUGUUGGGCUCUACAAAAAUGCGUGGAGUGCUCCAGGCAAAGUUGUUGGAGUCCCCUGCAGAUAGCUUAAUUGCUUCAGUUCACCUUAUUUUGUUCUGGAUGUAUCGUAUAUCCAGAAAAGAAGUAGAUUCUUCAAUUAGGAGUUGGGGAGAACAGUUGACAACUUGUUUUGCUCUUGUGGAGCAUAUCCUUAUUCGCAUUUUGUCAUCUGCCUCUGUUUUGGAUUCUUCGCAGGAAAUUAAGUCUACAACUGCUGCUGUGGUUCUGAUUCAAGAAGUUGUUGAGGCAAUCUUCUGUCAUCCUGCAGUUGCUUUGUUGUUAUUGCAUCCUUUGAUUAAUCACGGGGAGCCAGAAAAUGGAGGCUUCAACAAUCUUGAGGCUUUCCUAUGUUCAUCCAGCAACUAUGUUCAUCCUGUUGAUCAUCAUGUACUGCAUUUGUUAAAUGUUGUUGCUGAUUACCUCUCAACUCAAAUGACUGUUCAAGGUUUGAAUUUGAAACUACGGGAUGUCCAUGGAUCCGUUUUGAAGGCAUGCCAACCUUUACUUCGGCGCCCACUUUCAGUUUUCAGGGAUGAAGUUUUAGCAGGGAUGACAACUCAUAAGGAAUUGUUUCCUUGUUUGCCCAGCUUUUAUGUUCUUUGGUCUCUAAAGCACUUUCUUUCCCCUUUUGAGUUGCUAGAACUUGUUUACUGGCUCUUUUGUAAUAUUGAUGAGGAGAAAAUUAAGGACUCAGCACCUUCAAUGCCUUCAGCCAUCUAUCUUGGAUUACAUAUUGCUGAAGAGGCUUUUAGUAUGUUAUCCAGUUUUGUUCUCCGAGGAAAGACGAAAGUGGCUUUAUGGAAUAUAUUUGGGGAAGUUGCGGGUACAUUUGACUUGGAUGUUUUUGAAAAAAUUUAUGAUAAAAUCUUGAACUUUUCCCUCAUGUGCAAUCUAGAAAUUGCUGACCUAUGCCUGUUGAGAGUUAUGCUUGUGUCUGUUUGGAACUGUACACAAUCAUCUGCUGUGCUUUUGCCUCUGAGUAUGACCGUGCAGAAGAUGAUAAGUUGCUGUCCGAUGGAUUUGCUUAUUCAUUGUAUCUACAAGACAAACAGGAUAAAAUCAAGAAUACUGUUUUUGAUAACGCAAAUAAGCCCUCUGCAUUUGAGUAUUUUUGGGGAGAUGUUUUUGUCUGUGCUUGGUAAUGAUUCAUCGCGUGAAGUCCCAAAGUUGGAUGGAGCAUAUCCUGUUAAUGUCAUUACUGAAGAGACUACUAACCAUUGCUUUACAAGUGAGGAAUAUAUUUUGCUCUUGCCCGUUGCUCUAAAAUAUUUUUUCUCAGAAUUUGCUGAGUCAAGCAAACAGAAAUUUGUAUAUGCCGAAUGUAUUCCUGUGCAUUAUUCUAAGACUCUUUUACAAGGCUUCUCAAAUUGGCAAGAUUUUGUCUCAAGUAAGAUUUUCUGGGAGGAAGGUGAUGAUGUUGUACUCACAUCUCCUGAAGAAUUUCACAAUUUUUUUAGUAGUACUAUACUUAGUAGGACCAUUGGCAUGCUGGAAUUAUGGUUAAUUAUGAAAGGAAAAACAUUAAGAAAGAAGAAGAGGAUCAAGUUAUUUGAUUCAAUUGAUAGGACUCUUCAUUGUCGCGGGGUUUUGGUUGAUUCUGCUCUUGAUGAGCUAUGUUCCAGUUCUUUUGAACAGUCACUGAACACAGUGAAUAGGAUUACUGCCAGGAUAUAUUUUUUGAGGAUGCUAUUAUUCCCUCAAAAUAGCAUUCUGGUUCAGAAAUUUGUGGAGAUAAAUGAUGGCACUGGAGAAAUGUCUACUGAGAGAAAACAAAAUGGAAGUGACAACUUAAAAUUAGGCCAAGAUGCAUAUUUCGAGGUCAUGAGCAUCUUGUCUAUCACACUUGAUAAACUUGUCCAAAAAUUUCCUUUAAAUCUAUACAAUUUGGAAUCAACAAUGGUUGAUUCUUCUCAACUGGUAAGAUUUCUGGAGAUGACCAUCUUGACUAACUUAGUUGAGUUGGCAAGGGAAAUAGGAAGAACUUCUGCAGACAUGCAUCCAGUUCCAUUUUUGGGGCCAUUCCUCAGAUCAUCUCUUCUUCACAGAUUUGAAGAUCCUUCCACUCUCAAGGCCCUUCGUUCGAUUCUUCUUUCACUGCCUGAGGGAAAUCUUGCCUUUGGUGAUGCUUUUGAAUAUUUGGUAGCACAUUCUCAAUUUGUUCCUGCUAUUUUAUGGAGUGAGGCAGGUUCUGAUCGGGCAUCUGUUUUAUCUCACUCUGGAAUGCUGUUCCGGCCUUUCUCCAGUAUUCUCCAUUUACUGUCAUACCCAAAUUCUGUUCAAAGUGUUUCAGAGAUGAAAAGUAACCUAAAGACAUCAUCAGGAAAGAGAGAAAUAUCUUUUCUUUCAUACCAGAGAAAGUUGGAGUUGGUUAAAUUGCUAAGGGUUCUGUACCAUCUUAAGGUUCGACAGGGACAAAUUAAUACCACAGAAAACUCUAGCACAAAUGCCAAAGAAUUGUUAUCUUUGCUUUUGGCGGGGUAUGGUGCAACUUUAAGUGUAAUUGAUGUGGAGAUGUUGUCUCUCAUGCAUGAGAUUGAGUCCCUUGAAUUAACAUGCCAUGGAUGCUUGUCAGAGAUGGAUUAUCUCUGGGGAACUUCUGCUUUGACAAUAAGAAGAGAGCGGGCUCUUGAAGGAUCUUUGGCAUCAACUAUUACUGACGAUUGUGAAACAGCUGAAGAGAAACGUAAAAGAGAGUUUAGGGAGAACCUUCCAGUCGAUUCCAGAGUUUGUGCAUGGACAGUGCUGCAUUUUUCCUAUGAUAGGGAGAUUUGGACUCAAUCUGAACCCUUGGAGAAGCUUAAGGAGGAUAAUCUCAUGGAUUUGCCUAUUGUAAUACCAUCAAGACACGGGGAAAUGGUUGCACAAUACGAUCCUGCUUUUGUAUUGCGUUUUGCUAUUCAUAGUCUCUCUAUGGGAUUCAUUGAACCGAUGGAAUUUUCAGGAUUGGGCCUUCUUGCCGUUGCCUUUAUAAGUAUGUCCUCCUCCGAUGAAGGCAUACGAAAGCUGGCUUAUGAUGCCCUUGGCAGGUUUAAAACUGCUCUGGAAAACUGUUGGAACUGUAGAAAUGGACCACAACUUCGGCUAUUGUUGACAUACAUUCAAAAUGGGAUAAAAGAGCCAUGGCAGCAAAUUCCUUCUGUGAUUGCCAUUUUUGCUGCAGAAGCAUCUUUCAUCUUAAUGGAUCCUGCAAACGGUCUCUAUGUUAAUGUCAAUCAAUUUUUGAUGCGUUCUCCCAGGGUGGAUCUUGAGGCUGUACCAUUGUUUCAUUCACUAUUUGGAAGUUGUUCCAUCCAUUUUCUCAGUGAUCGGAAAUGGAUCCUCCAUUUACUGUUUGCUGGACUGAAUUUGGUUGAUGAUGCACAAAUUUUUAAAAGGAAAUUCCUGUUUGAACUAUUGCUAAGUUUUUAUAAUUCCUCCCUUGCUGAUCACAACACCAGGGUUCUGAUCCUUCAGAUAGUUAGGAAGGCUGUUAAAUUGCAUAUGAUGGGGCGAUAUUUGGUUGAGCAAUCUGGUCUGAUUUCGUGGUUAUCUUCUAUUAUUUUAUUUGGCAUUGAGAGGUUGCAUGGGGAAAUCAGAGAGCUUGUUCUCACUCAGAUGGUGAUUGCUCUAGAGGUAGUUAAUGAGAUCAUCUCUGUGAGAAGUAUAAUGCUGUGGCUACAAAGUCACGCACUCGAACAGUUGUCAGAACUUUCAUCUCAUCUUUUGUGUCUGAUCAGGCAUCACUUGACACAUGUGAAGGACAAUAUACCAUUGGUAGAAUCCAUAUUGAACAUAUUAAUUUCAACCAUGAGGAUAUCCCAGAAGAGGAAGAUAUAUCAGCCACAUUUUAGCUUAUCGUUUGAGGGAUUGAUCCAAAUAUAUCAAAUUAUUGAGGAAGUGUUUUACAAUAUGCAAUGCACUCACAUUGCUGAACUUGGACUGAAGUUUAUACUUAUGUGUUCACCACCAACGAUAACAUCGAGCUUGGAAAAAGGAAAACUGGUGAAUUUUAUUAUAUGGGCCAUCUCUAUAGCUUUGGUGUCGGACUGUCCACCAGUAUACUUGCUUGGGCACUUCAACCAGGUUGGUGCUAUUGUUCCCGAGGAAAACCAGAGUGAAAUUCCUCUGAUUGCAAAGUUGUUGCGCUGGGUUACAGCUUCAGUCAUUCUUGGAUGGGUCUCCAAAGCUAGAAAUAGUCAAGAUGGUUUCUUUCCUAUGGAAGUUUCAAGGCCACAAACUCUGCUUUCCCUGCUGGAAGAAGUGCCCCAUAAAGGGGCAGGGUCCGAAAAUAGUACUGACAAUGCAUUGGCCCGGUUAAUCCUCUACUUGCAGCAGCUUUUAGGAGUAAACUACAAAUUUUUUCCAUCUGUAGUUUCUGCACUAAGUAUAUUACUCUCAGCCGAUCUCCACAGAUCAUGUGAUCCAAACUCUGGUAAUGUUAUGUUUACAAGGGUCUUCAAGAUGUUAGCAUCAAAGAUAAGUUGCCCCGUUGAGGCUAAUCCUGCCUGGCGAUGGUCUUAUUAUCAGUCAUGGCGGGAUCUUUCAUCUGUAUCGGCAGAAUCAGAGAUGAUAAGCGAAAAUCAUGCUUGUCAAGCUCUACGUUUCUUUUUCUUGGAAGUCAGUGAAAAAUUGUCAAGCUCUAGAUUGUCGCUUUUAGAUGCAGGUAAAUUUGGCAUAUUUGUGGAUGGGGUUAGAGAGAUCCUCAUAAAUGCACCAGGGAAGUCAUAAGACCAAAAGUUGUUUUGUGCCAUUACCAUAUUGUGAGUAAUAUAGGUAGUUCUUGCAAGAUUGCGCAUAGAAGGCAUCUCUUACGCCUGAAAUAGCUUCUUAGUUUUGUUCUCACUGAAAAUGAAGAGCACUUGGACAAUGCCGGGGGAAGGAGCUGGUCAAAAAAGGGCUGCCGAUUUGGUUAGUAGGCCAUUGGGCAAUUUAGAGAAAAAGAGGGAGAAUACUGCAAUCAUAAGGAUUAUGGAAAGAUCAUAGUCCUUGUGGUGUCCCUAUCCAUGAAAUGAUGGAUGGUGAUGAAGAGAAACCCCCCAUUAAAGGUGGUUUAAAUGAUCAUAUGUAAAUGUAUUUCUUAUGUAAUUAUUUCUAAUUAUUCCUCUUAAGGCCUUGUUAUGCCUGAUUUGUAUGUGUAGCCGUGGUGUUUGAAAUGAUCGAACUUUUCAUGCUAUGUCUAGUUUAGAUGAACCACAAAACAUGACAUUCUAUUUUUUGACCACACUGGUUAGUAUCUGUACAUGUUUAUUACAUCUUUUUAAACCGUGAUUGUUUGAAAAAUGCGGAAAAUACUUUGUAUC